AUGGCAAAAGGCUUUAAUGCGUUAAAAACAUUUAAGGAUGUGUUUAUUCCAGUUCCUCCUGUUAGAGCUAUUGGUACCGCAGAGAAAUCGAUUGAUUUUUCUGAGUCAGAAGCUGUUGGAUCAGCGAGAACCGGAAGUGGUGAGAAGGAUGAUUUGAGUGAAAAGGGCAAGGAUGGCGUCUAUACCGUGACGGAAGCCAAUGCUGAGGAUAUUGAUAAAGAGGCCGCCCAAUAUUCACAGGGACAUACACACAGACUACUUACGAACCGGCAGCUUCAGUUGAUUGCUUUGAGUGGUACUCUUGGUGUGGGUAUGUUUCAGAACACUUCCAAGGUGCUUGCAAAUGUCGGACCUUUAUCAUUAUUGCUUGGUUGUAUAUUUUGGUCCUUACAGGUUUUAAUCGUCAAUGUUUCAUGCGGUGAAAUGGUGGUUUACCUUCCAAUCCCUUCACCAUUUAUAAGUCUUGCAGAGAGAUGUGUCGAUGAGGCUUUUGGCUUCAUGGCUGGUUGGAACUUCUGGGUGCUUCAAGGUUCAUUAAUACCAUUUGAAAUGACCCUUUUCAAUAGUUUGAUUCAUUAUUGGAGAGAUGAUUUUUCGCCAGCAAUUCCAUUUGUGCUUGAGUUGGUGCUAUAUUUCUUUAUCAACUUAAGUAAUGUCAAGUAUUACGGUGAAGCAGAAUUUUGGCUUGGUAUAGGAAAAAUUCUCCUUGCAAUGGGAAUGAUGUGCUUCGUCUUUGUUACAAUGUUGGGUGGUAAUCCUCUUCAUGACCGGUAUGGAUUUAGAUAUUGGAGUACACCAAUGGUUGAAUACAUUGGUACUGGUGCCAAUGGUCGCUUCCAAGGGUUCCUUGAUGCAGUAUUCUGCUACGUUUUCCUUAUUGCUGGCCCAGAAUAUAUUAGUUACUGCAGUUGUGAAGUGAAAAAUCCAAGAGCCGUCCUUCCAAAUGCUUUCAAGUCUGUGUUCUAUCGUAUUAUGAUUUUCUUUGUUGGUUGUGCGCUAGCCACCGGAAUUUGCGUUAAGUAUGAUGAUAAGACACUUUUGGAUGCUAUUAAUAAUGGAGCAGAAGGAGCAGGAAUUUGUGCAUUCACUGUUGCAAUGAAGAACUUAAAAAUUUCAGUUCUUCCAGAUAUCGUUAAUGUUGUGCUUUUGCUCACCUCCUUUUCGGGUGGAAAUUCCUUUACAUAUUGUACUUCCCGUACGUUGUACGGCAUGGCAUUAGAUGGAAAGGCCCCAAAAAUAUUUGCUCACUGUAACAGAUUUGGUGUUCCAAUUUAUUCUGUGCUUGUUGCCCUUUGUUGGGGAUGCUUAUCUUUUCUACAGCUUGGUGAAGGCGCAAGUGUUGUUUUGGAUUGGAUUAUAAACUUGGUUACUGCAUCUCAAAUUUUAAAUUACAUGGUUAUUUUGGCAACAUAUAUCAAGUUUUAUAAGUGUGUCAAAGCCCAGGGUAUAGAUCGGGAAAGUUUUCUUUUCAAGGGAUGGUGUCAACCAUACUUAGCUUGGGUAGGAUUGUUUAUUAUUACGUGCACACUUGGUGCUCAGGGAUACUAUGUGUUUUUGCCAGAUUCAUGGAGCACGUCAAGUUUCUUAUUUUCCUACGUCAUGGUGUUUGUGGAUAUAAUUCUUUACAUCGGAUGGAAGUUAGUUAAAAAAACCAAGAUCAUCAAACCUAAGGAUGCGGACCUUGUUACAGGCAUGGCUGAAGUCAAUGCCCAUGAAAGAUACUUGGAAAGCAUCGGCGAACUCCAUCCAAUGAAGAGAAAGGGUUGGAAGGGGAAAAUUGUGAAUUUGUUCUUUGGGUAUUGA